AGUUCUAGAAUUGAUAUUAAAAAUUUGUCGUUAAGGCAUAGACACGUACCGUCACAAAUAGAGGAUGUGUGAAUGGAAUACGAUUAGUGAAACUGUACUGAAUGAAAAGAAGUGUCGAGACUCAAUAUGUGUAUACGGAAUGAAAGAAAAAAAACUCAAUUCACAUUGUUAUUAUAUGGCGUCUGUUCUUCUUUUUCUUUUUCUUUCUGAACAGCUGUUAUUUAGUUCGUAUACUAAAAAAUAUAUUCCAUGCAGCGACUUGUUAACGGCUUUUUUUUCUGCUACAUUUUCCAGUAAUUUAUUUAUUCAAAUGGUUUUCUUUCUAAUGCCAAAAAACUACCACUAAGGUUGAUUUAUUGCCGUUUAUUUUAAAAAAACAAAAUUUUUAACUCUAGUUUUUACCACGACCUUUGUAUUAAACAAGAAUGAUUAAAAAACCGACGUUGAUGCUGUUGAUUUCUAACUAAAAACACUCUAUAAUGAUUAACGAAACUAUUGAAUCUACUAUUCUGAAUCCAGAUAAUAAUGAAAAAGUAUCAACAAUAACAAAUAGUUUGUUGCACGACGGAAACAAAAAUCAUCUAGUGGACGAGGUAUGGUAUGAGACAUUUAUUAUCAGACUGUAUUGAAUUUUAUUUUUUUUUACACGCAUAGUCUGACUUUUUUUGCUAAUUUUUAUUCUAGGUUAAAGAUGGUAGUGAAGCAACAAAUAGUGAAAGUAAUAAACAUAGCACAAAUCUUCCAACAAGUCCAAGUAAUACAACUGAAGAUGAGGAAGAAGAAGAGGAUGCUCCAUUCGUCGAAGAAAGUCCAGGUUCACGAUGGCAAAAACGACGUGAAACAGUAGCACAGCGAGAUAUUCCCGGUAUAGAUGUAUCUUAUUUGGCAAUGGAUACAGAAGAAGGUGUUGAAGUAGUAUGGAAUGAAGUAUUAUUUUCUGAAAAAAAAAUUAGUUCAGUACAACAGUAUAAAGUAAAUCAAGUGUUCAGUAAAUUGAUCGAGUUAAAUCAUCAAAAUAUUGUGAAAUUUCAUGGCUAUUGGCAAGAUCGUACCAAAAUAGAUGACAGGCCACGAGUUGUUUUCAUUACUGAAUAUAUGUCAAGUGGUUCAUUAAAACAUUUUUUAAGAAAAACAAAACGUACAAAACAAGGAUUAAGUAGAAAUUCUUGGCGAAGAUGGUGUAUACAGUUAUUAUCAGCGUUGAAUUAUUUACAUUCGUGUGAAGAACCGAUUAUUCAUGGAAAUUUAACUUGUGAUACAAUAUUCAUCCAAAAUACAGGCUUACUUAAAAUCGGUUCAAUUCAUUAUCUUCAAAUGAAAGCAUUUGAAACACUUGGUCUUGUCGCACCAGAUGUUCUACAUCAUCAUGUUAAAAGCAUACCAGAUUCGACCGCAAAAAACUUACAUUUUCAAGCACCAGAAAUGGCUGGGGAAUUAAACUAUAUAACGACUGCUGUAGAUAUUUAUUCUUUGGGUAUGGUCACACUUGAGAUGAUCAAUUUAGAUUUAGGUGGUAAUGGUGAUACACAUGCAGUUACCGAGGAAGUUGUGAACGAAGCUUUAGAAGCAUUGGAAGAUCCAAUUCAGAAGAAUUUAGUAUUGCAAUGUUUAUACGCUGAUCCAUCAAAACGACCAACAGCACGUGAAUUAUUAUUCCAUCCAGCAUUAUUUGAAGUGCCUACACUUAAACUUUUAGCUGUCCAUUCUCUAGUCGAUGAUUUAAAGACAAAGCCAGAUCGUUCAAUGGCACCAACGAUUCAGUCAUCAGGCGAUGAAGUAUUUGCUGACAUUCUUCAUAAAGAUGGAAAACCAACUCUUUUUACUUUUAAAGAAUGUCCCUCAUUUGAAUUAGACAAACUCCUUGAAGAUGUUCAAAAUGGUUUAUAUCCGUUGACAGCCUAUAGUUUGUUAUUUCCCGCACAACGUUCUUCAUUAAUUGGAAACACCAAUUCUCAUAAUAAUAUAAUUAAUUCAAACGCUACAUCGAAUACAAAUGAUAAUUCAGAUACAACCAACACGUCAACGGUGAAUAAAGCACGAGGAGGAAAUACUAUAGAGCGUUCAAUAUCAUCAGUGAAUAAUGGCGAUCAUCAGAUAACAGCGCUGACAUCGCUGUCAAAUCCAUCAGCAGAAACGACAACACCGGUACCCAUUGAUUUUGAUAAUGAAAAUCGUCGAAUUAUUGAUGUGCAAUGUAAAUUAAAAACAAAAGAUACUGGAUUGCUCUCACUAUUUAUCAGUGUUAAAUUUCAAGAUCGUUUACAACGUGAUAUGACAGCUGAAAUAGAUCACGAUGAAACAUCCGACAUCAUUGCCAAAGAAUUACUCGAACUCGGACUGAUUCAUGAAAGUGAUUAUUCUCGUGUGGAACAAGCGAUUGUAAAAAGUUUAAAUACUACGCAACGUAGUAAUGGAAUGACAGGAGAAACAAAUACUACGUCAAAUAGCGUAAUACUAGAUGGUGCCACUGUUGUAGCUCACGCAUUACCACACACACAACUAUCCGCAAACGGAAUACUACGAGAUUUAGCCAAACAGAAAUUUGUUAGUGCCAAUGAUGUCGAGGUGUAUAUUCCAAGUUCGAUCCAGAAGAUCCCGAACAAUGAUAAACAGGCUUUCGUGAAACGGGUUGAUGCUGAAAUAACAACACCAAAGGGUGAAAAUGCAUUAACAGCAGCAAGAUUUAAGUAUGAAGAAAUUGAACGCUUACAAAAUUUCAAAAAGGACGGUCCAGGUACAACAGUUAAAAUUACAUUUGCCGAUUCAUUGAAUCGUGAUACAAUUGUUCGUACUGGACAAUAUUUAUAA